GCUGGGGAGCGAUUAGGGAGCCGGGAAGGCGACCUGCGGCGGCCGUUUCGUCUGUCCCCUGGCUGCAAUAGUCUUAGCCCCGCGGUGGGACCCGCACAGGGGAACGUGGGCGCGGGACAGGAAGUGCACCAGGGGCACAGGGGAUGCCCUGGACCCCAGCGGGGGCGGGGGGCGGGAGCUCUCUCUGCGCCCCAGCCUGCUGCCUUGGAGCCUCGGCCCCCGCCGCACGCCUCUGGAGGGAGGGACGCGCAGAGAAGGGGCUUUGCUAAUUGGCAAAGCAGGAAGUGAGCACGAGGAAGAAGCGGUGGAAACGGAGACGGGGAGAAGGAGGAGGAGGUAGAGGAGGAGGAGGAGGUGGAGGUGGAGCAGGGGCGCGCAGAGCUGCCUAGCUUUGCUGGGAGCGCGUUGGAAGAGCAGGAUUUUACUGUGGUCCCGCUCUCCUCCCCAGUCCCGGAGGCCGCCCAGCCCGACUCGGGCGCUCGUCUGCCCCCAUCCUGCCCCCAUGGCUUCUCCGGACGACCCUCUGCGCGCAGAUCACAUGGCAAAGGAGCCAGUGGAAGAUACAGACCCUAGCACUUUAUCCUUUAACAUGUCAGACAAAUAUCCUAUUCAAGAUACGGGACUCCCUAAAGCUGAGGAGUGUGAUACAGUUACUUUGAACUGCCCACCAAAUUCUGAUGAGCAACAUCAGGGAGAAGAAAAUGGCUUUCCAGACAGUACUGGAGAUCCCCUUUCAGAUGUCAGCAAGGACAAGCCCUGUCAUGAAAACUGUACUUGUUCCUCCUGCUCACUUCGGGCUCCCACCAUAAGUGACUUGCUCAAUGAUCAGGACUUACUAGAUGUGAUCAGGAUAAAGCUGGAUCCAUGUCACCCAACAGUAAAAAACUGGAGGAAUUUUGCAAGCAAAUGGGGCAUGCCCUAUGAUGAAUUGUGUUUCCUGGAACAGAGGCCACAGAGCCCCACCUUGGAGUUCUUGCUCCGGAAUAGUCAGAGGACGGUGGGCCAGCUGAUGGAGCUCUGCAGGCUCUACCACAGGGCCGACGUGGAGAAGGUUCUGCGCAGGUGGGUAGAAGAGGAAUGGCCCAAGCGGGAGCGUGGAGACUACUCCAGGCACUUCUAGAUCCCUCUUCUUCCUUCAUUGGCCUCUCUGGACUUUGAAACAACCACAGGUCAAAGAGGAAUGUGAAUCUGUCCUUUUUGGAGUGUAGAAUAAUGAUAUGAAACUGUGGACAUUAGUUUUCCCCAAAGCUGGUGAUUUUGUGGAGGGGUAGAUUUUGUUUUGGUGGUGGAUAUUUGUUUCUUGGUUUUUGCACAUCUGUUUUAAUUUAAUAUUUGAAUCUGGAGUUGGGAAAGAAGUUUUUAAGUUCCUGUAGCAGCCAAAGCCUACAGUCAAAAUGGAUUCAUAUGAUGAUGAAAAUAAAAGUAUUAUCUCCCUUAAA